AUGGACCAGACGCCGCUCUUCCUGGAAACUAGGAUUCGCCAGGCCGGACGGCAGCACACUCCAGCCUCACCACUCGGUCACGAUGCGAGCACUCACCAGGGCAGCUUCGCCAGGCCAGCUUUUGCUGACAUCGGCGCAAAACUGAAGGCAUGCAACGACACGCUCGGAAACCUGCAGCAGCUCGGCAUCCAGCAUGUCGCAAAGCUUCCCGAGCUCGUCCUCGUCGGAGAUCAGUCGGCAGGCAAGUCCAGCCUCAUGAGCGGCUUGGCUGAGCUCAACCUUCCCAGAAGCGGUGGUGUCUGCACUCGCUGUCCUAUUCACAUCAGAAUGGCGUCGAGCAACGUCGAGAACUUUAGUUGUACAGUAUCUCUGCAGCUCGACUACGACUACAAGCCGCAUGGCCGUAUCCGUGUUUCAGACGUCACGAAAAACAACCCCUUUCCUCCCUGGGUGAAGAAACCGGUCCGCGAGACCAAGUUUUUCAAGUCCAUCGAAAAGCCCGACGACACGGAGAUCGAAGAGAUUCUCAAGUGGGCGCAGGUCGCAAUCCUCAACCCGAACCAGAACCCUGAGCUCUUCGUACCUGGAGAAGGCGCGAUCACCAAGGAAGUCGAUAUUGACCGGGCAAAAGACCACACCGAUGCUCAAUUUUCCCCCAACAUUGUGGCUUUGGAAAUGAAGGGACCGGGCUUGCCCGACCUGAGUUUUUAUGAUCUCCCUGGCGUGUUCCUGUCCCCUGGAAACGAGGAGGAUGAGUACAUUGUCAAGGUCGUUCAGAAUCUGGCCAGCGCUUACAUUCAGCGGGAAGAGGCUAUUAUCAUGUGGGCAGUCCCUAUGAACCAUGAUCUUGAAAACUCGAUCAUCUUCCCAAUCAUCCGCAGAGCUGGCGCUCAGAAUCGCACCAUCGGCGUCAUCACAAAGGCCGACAUGUUACAAGAAAGUAACGUGAAGCAAUGGCUCGAUGUUGUGGAGGGCAAGAAGCAACGUGUUAAGCAUGGUUACUUCAUGACUUCCCUGCCUCCGGACCAGCCACUUGAAAAGGGAACUCAUUGGGAAGAGUCGUUCUUCCAGGGCGGAGUCAGCACCUGGCCGAGGGAGUUUGAACCAUAUGUUAACCGCUGCGGAGUCGACCCUUUGCGCAACUACAUUUCACUUCAGCUCGGGGAAGCCUUUAGCAGAAGUUUGCCGUUCAUCAAAGUGAAAGUCCAGCAACGUUUGCAGGAAAUUCAAGAACAACUGAGUCACUUUCCUGAACUGCCUAGCAACGUCGAGUACGAGGUUAUGAGCAGCUUCGGCAGCUUUCUGCGUCAAGUCAAGGCUGAUGUGAAGGACCGGCAAAUGUCGUCAAAGUGGGAUCAGCUGAACGAACAUUUCAAAGCUUGCAUCAUCAAAGCUAAGCCAGGUUGUAACGUAACCGAGGAGCCUCAGACGAUCGAGCUCAUGGACUCCGACGCUGACAGUGUGGCCAACACACCUUCGAAGCGUCCACGCGCCAGCGACUCAACAAUCCGGACUCCGGCAUCAAAACGCCCACGACCAGACAUUCCCUCUGCGGCAGGAAUGACUCCAAUCAAGCUUGAGCCAACGGCGAACACCCCAAUCCGUCAACCCUCCAUGCGACCAACCCCACCACCGGACCCGUCACCAUUCGCUCGCUUCGCGAAGCUUGGCCGUGGAGGUCUUGAUCUGCGCGAGAUCCGUCAAGUCAUCCUUGACCAGAAGAAAGCCGGAAUGCCCGCUGAUCUUGUACCGGAGAGCGUGUACGAGUUCUUCUCGCUUCGUGCGGUGCGCAAAUGGCGAGAGCCACUCGAGAUCUACCUCGAGAAGACCCGGGAGCUUCUGCUCAAAAAGCUCGAAGCUGCUCUGGAAAACUCUCUGAAGGAUUUCAAAUCGCGACUUCUCUACAAGGAGAUGAGUACGCACCUGCGAGCCUUCCUUGACGACCAGGAGAGUCUCCAACGCGCGAGGCUCUUUGAGCUAUACGACUCCGAGUGCUACCAAAUGUUCACCAUGACCAACGACAUCUGUGAUCAAUUCCGUACCCAGGAGCUCGACAUUAUCGAGCGUGCAAGAGCCUACGAGCGCCUGAAAGCCAACGCCCUGCUUCCGUGGGAUGUGAAGCGCCCCGACCCAGCUACCAUGUCCUCCGAAGCUAAGGUCAAAGAGCGCAAGAUGCUGGCCGAGGGCAUCGCCAAGAUCCCAUGCAGGGACCAGUUCGCAACCGAGAUCAAGGUGGCAGCCCACGUGCGGGCAUACUACCUCACGGCUGCCACGUUCUUUGUCGAAGGUGUGACGAAGGACGUCAAUUCCCGGUUGUUCCGAUCCUUCACGCUUGAUGCCCUUGACCGAUACCUCGGUGAGAAGCUCGGUAUCAUGCCAUUUGGUACACGCGAGGCCUAUGCACGACUCAUGGAGGAGGACGCCGCAACCGCAAGGGAGCGAGAGAAUCUGAAGAAGGAGCUGGCAAAGCUCGAGCGUGCCAUGCACAGCAUCAAUGAGCUCGAGAGCGAAGCCAGUAGCAUCGAUGUUGACAGUGAGGUUCAUAUGCUCGACACCAGCUUCCUCCCGACUUACACCGAGGACGCCGACGAUGAAGACAUGGGGAUGGCAUGA